UUCCUUCGGCUAGUUGUGACUUGAGGAGAACGGGUCUGCACUAGUCAGGAGCGAGCGCUGAGAGAGACAGAAUUAACCCCCACUGCCCUGCAGAGUCUUCCCAGUCCAGCCAGGAACCUUCUCUUUCCGGAGGUGAAUCUGCUGUCAACACUGGGGAGUCCAGUGACUCGGCAGGAGAAGAUGGCGACCGUGUGGGAUGAGGCGGAGCAAGAUGGAAUUGGGGAGGAGGUGCUCAAGAUGUCCACGGAGGAGAUCAUCCAGCGCACACGGCUGCUGGACAGUGAGAUUAAGAUCAUGAAGAGUGAAGUACUGCGAGUCACCCACGAACUGCAAGCCAUGAAGGACAAAAUCAAAGAGAACAGUGAGAAAAUCAAAGUGAACAAGACCCUCCCCUACCUUGUCUCCAACGUCAUUGAGCUUCUGGAUGUUGAUCCCAAUGACCAAGAGGAAGAUGGUGCCAAUAUUGACUUGGACUCUCAGAGGAAGGGCAAGUGUGCAGUGAUCAAAACCUCUACCAGACAGACAUACUUCUUGCCUGUGAUUGGGCUGGUGGAUGCCGAAAAACUGAAGCCAGGAGACUUGGUGGGUGUAAACAAAGAUUCCUAUCUGAUCCUGGAGACCCUGCCCACAGAGUAUGACUCCAGGGUGAAGGCCAUGGAAGUGGAUGAGAGGCCUACAGAGCAGUAUAGUGACAUUGGAGGCCUGGACAAGCAGAUUCAGGAGCUGGUGGAGGCCAUUGUCCUGCCCAUGAACCACAAGGAGAAGUUUGAGAACUUGGGGAUUCAGCCUCCAAAGGGCGUGCUGAUGUAUGGACCCCCGGGCACUGGGAAGACUCUGCUGGCCCGAGCUUGUGCAGCACAGACCAAGGCCACCUUCUUGAAGCUGGCAGGUCCCCAGCUGGUACAGAUGUUCAUUGGGGAUGGCGCCAAGCUGGUCCGGGAUGCCUUUGCCCUGGCCAAGGAGAAGGCUCCGUCUAUCAUCUUCAUCGAUGAACUGGAUGCCAUCGGCACCAAGCGCUUUGACAGUGAGAAGGCCGGAGACCGGGAGGUGCAGCGGACGAUGCUGGAGCUCCUGAACCAGCUGGAUGGGUUCCAGCCCAAUACCCAAGUAAAGGUCAUUGCAGCCACCAACCGGGUGGACAUCCUGGACCCCGCCCUGCUCCGCUCAGGCCGCCUGGACAGGAAGAUUGAGUUCCCGAUGCCCAAUGAGGAGGCCCGGGCCAGAAUCAUGCAGAUCCACUCCCGAAAGAUGAAUGUCAGUCCUGACGUGAACUAUGAGGAGCUGGCCCGCUGCACAGAUGACUUCAAUGGCGCCCAGUGCAAGGCCGUGUGUGUGGAGGCGGGCAUGAUCGCACUGCGCAGGGGCGCCACGGAGCUCACUCACGAGGACUACAUGGAGGGCAUCCUGGAGGUACAGGCCAAGAAGAAAGCCAACCUGCAGUACUACGCCUAGGCCGCCACCCAUGCUCCCUGUGUCCUGCUGGUUGAAAUUGGGUUAGCUGGGGCUCAGGAUCCAUUGCUCCUAUAGAUAUCCUUUUCUCCAUUGGUGGUGUUGCUGCUGUUGUUGGAUACGACAGAGAGAAAUUGAGAGAGGAUGGGAAGACAGACACCUGCAGACCUGCUUCACUGCUUGUGAAGCGAUUCCCCCCGUAGGUGGGGAGCCGGGGGUUCGAAAUGAAAUCCUUGUACUCUGCACUAUGUGUGCUUAACCCAGUGUGCUGCUGCCCAGUCCCCUCCUUUUUAAUGGAAGUAAAUUUCAUUAAAAUCCAACCUGGCGGUGA